UGUUGAAUAGUUCGACGGUACGAAAAGCAACACUGUGCCUCUGCUGUUGUGAAUAAUUUUUGUUAAUUUUUUAAUUUGAUUUGCGAGCGUCGUGCGAGCAAAGCGACGGACAUUACACGGAACGGGAAUCGCAACUGGGUUCCUGCAGCAUGCGCCAGGACACCUAGGCACCAGUAGAGAAGACCAAGCGCACUAGUAGCAAUGACAAUGGGCGAGCCCACGUCGUCUCUCGUUCUGCCCGUCAUACUGCGGCCCAUUUUCUCCCAGCUCGAGCGACGCGACGUUGGCGCUGCCCAAUCUCUGCGCUCCGCCAUUCUCAAGUCGGAGCAGAACAAUCCGGGCUUCUGCUAUGACCUCGUAGCUACAAUUGUGCGGCGGGCCGAUCUAAAUGUAAACCUAAACGAGGCCGUGCUCCGAUUACAGGGCAAAAUUACGGAAGCGGACCUGAAUGAAUACCGCUUAACACGCACGGAGGAGCCGUUCCAGGAGCUCAACCGUAAGUCCGUGGCUCUCAAGGUGAUCCUCAGCCGCAUACCCGAUGAGAUAAACGACAGGAAGACCUUCCUGGAGACCAUCAAGGAAAUCGCCAGCGCCAUAAAGAAACUGCUUGAUGUGGUCAACGAGAUCGGCUCGUUCAUACCUGGCGUAACGGGCAAGCAGGCUGUGGAGCAGCGUAAGAAGGAGUUUGUCAAAUAUUCCAAGAAGUUCAGCACAACGCUGAAGGAGUACUUCAAAGAAGGACAACCUAAUGCAGUAUUCAUAAGUGCACUUUUUCUAAUACGGCAAACGAAUCAAAUAAUGCUGACAGUUAAGAGUAAAUGCGAGUAGAGAAUUAAAUCCUUUAAUUAUGGCAAAUUUUAGUGGCAUUUUAAUUUUAUGUUUAAAUAACCAUUAAACCACCCGAACCCAAGUCCAAACAAAUCAUAAACUCAAGAGAGAACACACUCAAAUACACAAUCGCCCGACACAGUCCAAGUUAAAUGUUUGAACGCAAAUGAAAAUCUGUUGUAACUAAAUAAAUAGGCCUAAUUUAUAUCGUAUAUAUGUAUUACGCAUACUCGGACACUAAAUUCUGCGAAGCCUAAGCAUUGUAAUUAACUAGUGAGCAACUAUUUAUCGAGACGGAAGAUGUGUGCGAGAGUUUCUUAUUCGUUUACAAUUUAUUGUAAAUAAUUCAUUACUUUUCUGUUAGAAGCAACAUCGGCUAGUUUGUUUUUGUUUAGGAGAAGCGCCUACGAAUAAAUUUAAAAUUAGUGGAAAAAACGAUAAACAGGAAAUGUAUGUACUACGGGGAUAAGACAAACAAGAACAUGAAUGGAACACUUAAAUUUUUAACUGUUUUUAAUUGUUAGAGUUUGAAAUUUAAACACUAUACAUAAUAAUCUUUUACUUAAUGAUAUGUUCUAUUUGAAAACUGCGAAAGCGAAAGACAUUAGUGGCCGACAGCACUAUCAACAGGAUAGAGAAAGAAAUUAUUUUAAUUAAUGAAAUGUUAUAUGAAAAUCGAAAACUAAGCAAAAGUAAAAGAACGGCAACAAACUCAUAAUGUAGACAUAGCGAAAAGAAAACGACAAAUAAAUGUAUUUAUAUUCCAAAA